CGUCAUCCGCGCCGCCGCGGCCGCCGGGCGCCCUGACAGCCGGCGGAGCAGCAGCCCCACACGGCCCCCUUGCCGGCACGCACRACUGAACCAUGGAGCUUCGAGUGGGGAACAAAUACCGCCUGGGCAGAAAGAUUGGCAGUGGUUCCUUUGGAGACAUCUACCUGGGAGCCAAUAUUGCGACUGGCGAAGAGGUGGCCAUCAAAUUGGAAUGUGUCAAAACCAAGCAUCCCCAGCUGCACAUCGAAAGCAAGUUCUACAAGAUGAUGCAGGGAGGAGUGGGUAUCCCCUCCAUUAAGUGGUGCGGAGCAGAGGGGGACUAUAAUGUAAUGGUGAUGGAGCUCCUGGGGCCCAGCCUGGAAGAUCUCUUCAACUUCUGUUCCCGCAAAUUUAGUCUCAAGACAGUUCUGCUCCUGGCAGACCAGAUGAUCAGCCGUAUUGAGUACAUUCAUUCCAAGAACUUCAUCCACCGGGAUGUGAAGCCAGACAACUUCCUUAUGGGGCUCGGCAAGAAAGGCAACCUAGUGUACAUCAUCGAUUUUGGCCUGGCCAAGAAAUACCGAGACGCGCGGACCCACCAGCACAUCCCUUACCGGGAAAACAAGAACCUGACCGGCACAGCCCGCUACGCCUCCAUCAACACCCACCUGGGAAUCGAACAAAGCCGCCGUGAUGACCUGGAGAGCUUGGGCUACGUGCUCAUGUACUUCAACCUGGGCUCGUUGCCCUGGCAGGGCCUCAAGGCUGCCACCAAGCGCCAAAAGUACGAGAGGAUCAGCGAGAAAAAGAUGUCAACGCCCAUUGAGGUGCUCUGCAAAGGGUACCCUUCUGAGUUCUCGACAUACCUCAACUUCUGCCGCUCGCUGCGGUUUGACGACAAACCCGACUACUCCUACCUGCGGCAGCUCUUCCGCAACCUCUUCCACCGCCAGGGCUUCUCCUACGACUACGUUUUUGACUGGAACAUGCUUAAAUUUGGAGCCGCCCGCAACCCCGAGGACAUGGAUCGGGAGCGGCGAGAGCACGAGCGGGAGGAGCGGAUGGGACAGCUCCGGGGCUCGGCCACGCGAGCGCUGCCCCCCGGCCCCCCUGCCGGAGCCACCGCCAACCGCCUCCGCAACGUCGCCGAGCCCAUGGCCUCCACCCCCACCUCCCGAAUCCAGCAGUCUGGAAACACGUCCCCCAGAGCCAUCUCGCGAGUGGACAGGGAGCGGAAGGUCAGCAUGAGGUUACACCGAGGAGCUCCUGCCAACGUCUCCUCAUCUGACCUCACAGGGCGGCAAGAAGUGUCACGGAUUUCAGCAUCACAGACGAGCGUGCCAUUUGAUCACCUUGGGAAGUGAGGAGCAAUUGCCACUGGACCAGUGUUUGCUUAGGUGAGUCCAUCCUUGUGGCUGGGCUUCCCAGGGAGGAAUCCUUCCCAAGGAGGGAAUGCUUGGCGCUAGGCAUCAAAUUGAGUUGUUGCUGCUCUAGGAUAGUGGUGCAAUUGCUUUUCCC